AUGCCCAUCCACGCCCAUGCACGCCCAUGCACGCCCAUCCACGUGUGCUCCCAGGUGCUCCAGAGCCUGGCGUACCUCCACAGCCUGGGCCUGGUGCACUCUGACCUCAAGCCUGAGAACAUUCUCAUAAAGAGCUACAGCAGGUGUGAGGUCAAGGUGAUCGACCUGGGCAGCAGCUGCUUUAUCACGGACCACCUCAGCAGCUACGUGCAGAGCAGGAGCUACCGCGCACCGGAGGUCAUCCUGGGGCUGCGGUACGACCAGAAGAUCGACAUCUGGUCACUGGGCUGCAUACUAGCGGAGCUGGCCACGGGCUACGUGCUGUUCCAGAACGACAGCCUGGCCACCCUCUUGGCGCGGCUGGAGGGCAUCCUGGGGCCCCUGCCAGGCUUCAUGGUCGGCCAGGGCAGGUACAGCCACAG